UAAAAUACAACCUAGCGAGAACGUUGUGUGAAUAGGACAUAUCUGAGGCGUUCUUUGUUUCUAGUCGGACUUUUUGUAUAUGGGCUCUUUUUGCUUCCUGUGUCGUUGAGCGGAGUGGUGUGAUUCUCUGUGGAUACUUCUCUGUGACAAAAUGCAGGAUCCCAACGAGGACACGGAGUGGAACGACAUCCUGAGGAAGAAAGGGAUUCUUCCACCAAAAGAGGUUCCUAAAGAAGAUGAAGAGGAGGAACAGUUGGCUCUCCAGCAGACGUCUGUCGUGAAAACGUACGAGAACAUGACGCUAGAAGAGCUGGAGGAGAACGAGGAUGAGUUUGAAGAAGAUGACGAGGCCGCCAUUGAGAUGUACAGACAGAAGCGUCUGGCCGAGUGGAAGGCCAAUCAGGUGAAGAACGUCUUCGGAGAGGUGACGGAGAUCUCAGGUCAGGAUUACGUCAACGAGGUCAACAAGGCCGGCGAGGGCAUCUGGGUGGUGCUGCAUCUCUACAAGCAGGGCAUCCCACUGUGCGCCCUCAUCAACCAGCACCUCAGCGCGCUGGCCCGCAAGUUCCCUCAGGCCAAGUUCCUCAAGUCCAUCUCCACCACCUGCAUCGCCAACUACCCUGACCGCAACCUGCCCACCAUCUUCGUCUACUUCGAGGGCGAGAUAAAGGCGCAGUUCAUCGGGCCGCUCGUCUUCGGCGGCAUGAACCUCACAUUGGAAGAACUGGAAUGGAGGUUAUCAGAGACUGGAGCCGUGAAGACCGACCUGGAGGAGAACCCCAGGAAGCAAAUUGAGGACAAGCUUAUGUCAUCCAUCAGGUCCUCGCUCCCCACUUGCAAGGACAGUGACUCUGAGGACGAGGACUGAUGGGGGAGCGCCGGACGAGCUUCGCCGCCACCUUCUGAAAUCACACGCAUUUCAUACGUUCUUGUCGCCACGGGAGACCUCCUUAUUGGACUGCCAAGCCUCCGCCCGGGAAACAAGUAAAAAUACAUUAAACUUCUUAUUUGUAUCAUAGCUUCACCGACUGAUCGUAUUAUUCCUAUCUAACAAAGUAACCCACAAAACUGUUCAAUUCAUUCUAAAAGUCAGCCUCAUCACGCUUGUACAGGCAGAAUUUGUGAUAUCACUAUUGAUUUUGUGGCAGGAAGUGUGCGUUUGAAUACCCUUUCAGUGUGACCGCUGUUGGUGGUGAGCCGUAAAAAAGCCAACAAAAGGGUGAUUGUGCGAGUUUUUAAUGUGUGUUGAAGGUCCAGCAGCGCCACACUAACAACACUUUGAGUCACGUUCACAAGCAUCGAGUGCGGCGCAGAUCUGCCCGGAACGUGACGUCAAUUUUUAAUGUCUCGGGAGACUAGCGGUAAGGCAGCUGACCUUUUGCUGCCGUUCACCCAGGACUUCUUUUUUUUUUUUUUGGUCGUUGAGUCACUCUGUGGUCCUGCUUAGAUUGUCUGCAAUGAUAGAAAGUUUUGUUAGCAGUCUUCAGCAAUAUUACACAACAAUCAUCCAACAUUCAAUGUUUGUGAUUUAUGCAAGUUUAUGGACAGCUUUUUGGGGGCUUUAAAAUGUUUAAAAUUUGUGUUACAACCAAAACAACAAUGGCAGACAUUGACUGUGACCAGCAGAGACAAACUAAAUCCCAAAACAAGCCAAGUGGAUUAU